UGGAGUCGUUUAGUUAUUCUCGUAAUAUUAUACUAGACAGAGAAACUAGUUAGUUAAAGUUAGAAACUACUUAGUUUCUCUGUCUACGGUUAUCCUCCUCUAAAUAAAUUAUGUACCCUAUUCCAAUCGGAGUACGAAUAAAGGCACCAAAUAAAAUAUAAAAAUAGAUAUGGGUUUCGAUGAUGGGCGUAUGGUUUUAGAAAGCCCUAACGGAGCAUAUUAUUCGGGCCAAACAGUUCGUGGGAAACUAAUAUUUCGACAAGACAAAGUAAAGUCAUUUCGAGGUAUAUAUGUGAAAAUACUUGGCUUUUGCAAAGUUCACUGGACAACAACAGAAACACGCAGAGUUAAUGGCAAAACUUCAACUUACAGGAAAAAUCAUGAAUCAUAUGAGGAAUAUGUUAACAUAAAAGUUUAUUUAGUAGGUGGAGAAUCAGGAGAUCAUCAAAUUCAACCGGGUGACUAUGAGUAUCCAUUUAGUUUCAACCUUCCUGCCAGCUGUCCGGCAUCUUAUGAAGGCAGCUAUGGUCACAUAAGAUAUGAGAUUAAAGCAGUUGUAGACAGAGCAUUUAAAUUUGAUCAAGAGAAGAAGAUUGCUGUUAGAGUGAUGGCUCCCUUGGAUCUCAAUAGUAACCCAUAUUGUAGAGAACCAAUAGAGAUGGAAUUCAGUGCUUCAUAUUGCUGCUGCUGCUUUAGUUCAGGAUCUUGUGACACAGUGAUCAAUGCACCCAUGUCGGGCUACUGUCCUGGACAAAAAAUUCCUAUUGAAAUUUCAUGCACAAAUAAAGGCAAUGUGGAAAUUAGUCAUAUUGAAAUUCGCAUUGUUAAGGAAGUAGUCUUCAUUGCAACACAUCAUUCGGGUAGAAGGACACAGAAUGAUGUCAUAGCUGAGAUAAAAAAAGGGUCCGUACCUGGCAACACCAGUCGCAACUGGACAAUAGAGAUGGAAGUACCAGCUUUAGACAUUUACAAUCUCUCUGGAUGUCGAUACAUUGAUUUAGAUUAUAAACUUGAGGUUACCAUUUCUCCUGAUGGAUGUCACAAUAAUUCAGAUGGAUCGCGAAAAAUAAUUAUCGGAACUACUCCCUUAGUAGGUUUCCAGGACAAUGUACCGAAUCCACUGCAAGACCAAAUGCCUCAACAGAUUUCAGCAGUGACUCAACAACCCUUGUCGUCUUAUCCUGUAGCCAGUCCUUAUCCUUGCAGUCCUCCUUACCCAACAAAUACGCCAUACCCGAUUAGUCCUAAUCAGCAUCUUCCUUAUCCUGUUACGUCGCCAUACCCUAUCUCUAACCCGCCGUAUCCCACAAACAAUCUGACGCAAUCACCUCAUCCGACUGGAAACAUACCUUAUCCUAUUGGAACUCCUAGCAUUGUUAGUAAUUCACCAUAUUCUGAUAAUCCCCCUCCAUACCCUGGAAAUAAUUCGCCUUAUCCUACUGCCCAGCCAAAUGUGCCAUAUACACCAAAACAAGUGGGAUCUACUCCUGAGACAGGAUCAAAUGCGAUUAAUAGAACCUUAUUAAAGACUGGUAACAUCGGGUUUACCGUCCAGGGAAGCAGCAAUGUGCCUUAUCACUCACCAGAGGUUUUCCCAUCUCACCCAGUUUCACCGGUUCCUGUAAACCCAUACAUAGCUGCGAGUGCACCUGUGCUUGAUUCGCCCGACACUGAAAAAAAAGAAUGAAAAUGAAUGAAAUGUUGAAAAAAAGCUACAUCUAACUGUUCUAAAGUACUUUUUCUUUUCUUUUGCUUAAUCAAAAAUAUUUUUUGAAACAUUUACCCAUUACAAUAUAAAUGUUAUGAGACGCCAUGCAGAUGUGGAACAUCGAAAUUUAUGGUUUUUGAAAGAAUUUAUAUCAAAUGAAACCAAUAAAGUAAUAUGGUGUACAAUAAAUAACUAUGCAAUGUUUAUAAGUAAA